AUGCCGGAGUUUCUAGCUGGCAUACGAGACGCAGUAGUGCAACACCAGCGCUUACACGUUGAAAAACGGAUACUCCACGGCGACAUCUCUGAUGUCCACAUUGUUUUGACAAAUAAUACUGAAGAUGAUAAAUCGCGAGGGAUGCUGAUCGACUUGGGACGUUCCGCCACUUUAGAACAGAAUUUGGCUGCGGAAAAUGAUUGA